AUGCCACCAGGUCCCUUUCCAUUACCAUUCAUUGGAAACGUUCAUCAGCUUGGCUCAAAUCCUCCGUUCACAAUGGACGACAUUCGAAAGAAGUAUGGAGAUGUCUUCACAAUUACCACACCUAUUGGAGACGUUGUUAUUAUAAGCAGCGGUGUUCUCGCCCGAGAGGUAAUGGUGGAAAGAAAAGAUGACUUUGCAGGUCGUCCAUUGUACUUCCCUGCAUACGAACUACUUGAAAACAAAGACCUUAUCGCUGGAGACUAUGGACCUCUUUUUCAGUUUCGUCGAAAAAUAAUGUUAUUGGCACUACACAUGUUUGGCGAGGGAGUGCGAACAGCAGAGGAGAGAGUAAACAGAGAAGUGGAUUGGCUGCUAAAAGAAAUUGAGGCCACAAAUGAACGACAAUUUACACCAAAAAAGUUGAUGAUGACUACUACAAUCAGGGUAAUUACUAAUUGGCUUUUUUCUGAAAAAUUCGAAAACGAAGACCCGGUUUUAAAAGAACUGAUAGAUUUUGACGAAGAUAUGCUUAAACUCAACUGCCAAUGUGGUUAUUAUCAAAUCCUUCCGUUUCUAAAGUAUUUCCCAACAGAGUUUAUGAAGACUGUCGCGGCAGUGCGAACAAAAAUUGACAAUUUCUUUUGGUCACAUCUCAAACAUCAUCAAAAAACGUACAAAAAUGGCGUGGUACGAGAUAUCAUGGAUGCCCUUAUGUAUUCGUAUCAGAAAGAAAAGGCGAAAACCCCAAACAAAGAUCUGGGAACAAUCGACGAUUUACGCUUCCUGGUGGUGGAUGCGUUCCUUGGCGCUAGUGACACUACUUCUUCCAUCCUAUCAUGGUUCCUCCUCUACAUGAUCCGUUACCAAGACGUCCAAGGAAAACUCUUUAAAGAACUAGACGAAGUAGUUGGCAGAGAUAAGUUACCCUGUUUGCAAGAUACUGAGAACCUGCCAUAUCUUCGAGCUACUAUUUGUGAAGUGAUGCGUCAUUCAGUGUUUGCGCCGUUCUCCGCGCCACACAAGGCAAUCAGAGAUUCAGUUAUUGAUGGUUAUCACGUUCCCAAGGAUACCAUUGUGUUCCUUAACCAUUGGAAAAUACACCAUGAUCCAAAAGAAUGGGAUGAACCAACGUUAUUCAAGCCGCAACGAUUUCUGAAUACAAAUGGGAAUUUUGUGGGAUGGAAUACCUUGCCUGGUUUUAUACCUUUCGGGUUUGGCCGCAGAUCAUGUGUAGGCCAAGCUCUGGCAAAGAUGCAACUGUUCACCAUGACGUCUAGGUUGUUGCAUCAAUACAGAUUUGAAAUUCCAGAUGGGGAGCCAGAACCUGUCUUUGAUGGUGAAAUAAGCGCGGUCCGCUACCCGAAGGAAUACAAACUGAUAGCGAAGAAACGCUUUUAG